AUGGCCCCAAUUGAACUGGCAGGCCGUUCCGGAGGCGCCAUGACGAGCCUCUUGCGACGAGCUUCAUCCCGCUCCGCGGCCGGAGCCCUGAACCGCGCACUGCGAAUCCCGUCAUCAAAUCAAUUCUCGACCGUCGCCUCCCUCCCUCCGACGUACGAGAGGCUCCUCACGCGCUACACGGAUGUGCGCCGCGUGCUGGGCCGGCAGCGGCUGACGCUGGCCGAGAAGAUUCUCUACAGCCACCUGGACAACGUCGAGGAGUCGCUGCUCACCAACACCGACGGCGGGCGCAGCAUCCGCGGCAAGGCCAACCUGCUGCUCAAGCCGGACCGCGUCAACAUGCAGGACGCCUCGGCCCAGAUGGCGCUGCUGCAGUUCAUGUCGUGCAACCUGGAGCGGCCCGCGAUCCCGGCCAGCAUCCACUGCGACCACCUGAUUGUGGGCUCCAAGGGCGCCGAGGACGACCUGGCGGCGGGCAUCCAGACCAACAAGGAGAUCUUUGACUUCCUCGAGUCGGCGGCGCGCAAGUUCGGCAUGGACUUUUGGCCGCCCGGCGCCGGCAUCAUCCACCAGACGGUGCUGGAGAACUACGCGCUGCCGGGCCUGAUGAUGCUGGGCACCGACAGCCACAGCCCCAACGCCGGCGGCCUGUGCACCGUCACCAUCGGCGUGGGCGGCGCCGACGCCGUCGAGGCGCUGGUCGGCGCGCCGUGGGAGCUCAAGGCCCCCAAGGUGCUGGGCGUCCAGCUGACGGGCAAGCUCAACGACUGGGUGGCCCCCAAGGACGUCAUCCUGAAGCUGGCGGGCGAGCUGACGGUCCGCGGCGGCACGGGGUCCAUUAUCGAGUACUUUGGCCCUGGUGUCGACACGCUGAGCGCCACGGGCAUGGCCACCAUCUGCAACAUGGGCGCUGAGGUGGGCGCGACGACGUCCAUCUUCCCCUACACCGAGGCGUCGGCGCGGUACCUGCAGUCGACCCGCCGAGGCCAGGCCGUCGACAACAUCAAGGCCCUGCAGAGCUUCGCCGGCAACAGCACGUCCGAGGACGCCCGCUUCCAGUUCAAGGCCGACGAGGGCGCCGAGUACGACCAGCUCAUCACCAUCAACCUGUCGGAGCUGGAGCCGCACGUCAACGGGCCCUUCACGCCCGACCUGGCCACGCCGCUGUCCAAGUUCAAGGACGUCGUCAGGGACCAGCAGUGGCCCGAGAAGCUGUCGGCCGGCCUCAUCGGCAGCUGCACCAACAGCUCGUACGAGGACAUGACGCGCGUCGAGAGCCUGCUCAAGGAGGCGGCCGACGCGGGUCUCAAGCCCGCCGCCGACUUCUACAUCACGCCCGGCAGCGAGCAGAUCCGCGCGACGCUGGAGCGCGACGGCACGCUCGAGACGUUCGAGGCCGCGGGCGGCGUGCUGCUGUCCAACGCCUGCGGCCCUUGCAUCGGCCAGUGGCAGCGCCAGGACGGCGUCACAAAGGGCACGCCCAACGCCAUCCUGUCGUCGUACAACCGCAACUUCCGCGGCCGCAACGACGGCAACCCGGAGACGAUGAACUUCCUCGCGUCGCCCGAGGUCGUCACCGCCAUGGCCUUUGCCGGCUCCACCACCUUCAACCCCAUGACCGACUCCAUCACGACGCCCUCGGGCAAGCCCUUCAAGUUCUCGCCCCCGCGCGGCCUCGAGGGCCCUCCCUCGCCCUUUGAGUCCGGCGUGCCCUCCCUCGGCGUCCUCUCCCAGCAGCCCGACCCGAGCGUCCAGAUCGCCAUCUCCCCGUCCUCGGACCGCCUGGCCUUCCUCGAGCCCUUUGAGCCCUUCCCGGACUCGGACCUCUCGGGCCUGCGCGUCCUCGUCAAGGUCACGGGCAAGUGCACCACCGACACCAUCUCCGCCGCGGGGCCCUGGCUCAAGUACAAGGGCCACCUGCCCAACAUCAGCACCAACACGCUCAACACGGCCGUCAACGCCGAGACGGGCGAGGUCAACGCCGCCUACGACCUCGACGGCUCGCGCCACACCAUCCCCGAGCUCGGCCAGCGCUGGAAGGACCGCGGCCAGCCCUGGCUCGUCGUCGCCGAGCACAACUACGGCGAGGGCUCCGCCCGCGAGCACGCCGCCCUCCAGCCGCGCUACCUCGGCGCCCGCGUCGUCCUCACAAAGUCCUUUGCCCGCAUCCACGAGACGAACCUCAAGAAGCAGGGCGUCGUGCCCCUCACGUUUGCCGACGAGGCCGACUACGACAGGAUCUCGGCCGGCGACGAGGUCAGCACCGUCGGGCUGUACGAUAUGCUGCGGAACCAGGGCAAGGGCGAGGUCCAGCUCAAGGUGAAGAAGGCCAGCGGCGAGGAGUUUGUCAUUCCGACCAAGCAUACCGUUAGCAAGGACCAGGCUGGAUUCAUCCUCGCGGGCAGUGCCCUCAACUUGCUUUCCAAGCGCGCAUAG